AUGAUUCCCGUCCGUCCAGCUAAACGUUUUCAGUCAGCUGCUCAUGUUAAACCUGAUCGACCAAGAAAAGAUCUUUUAAAAGGUCAAUUUUUAUUUGCACCUGAUAUAUCUAUACCUGAAAAUGAUGUUUUACCAACUCCUAUAACUGAUAAUGAAAAAUCUUUAAUAUUAGCAAAAAAACUUUUAAACGAAGAAAUCUUAUCAUCAUUACGUCGAAGUAAACGAAUAGGUAUAACUAAAUAUAAAUCUGCAACAUCAUUUGAUUCAUUUCUUGAAAGUCAAUGUGAAGAUGGUAUAGAAGCACGUGAUACUGGAACGAUUAGAGGACGUGGAGUAUUUGCAACAAAAAAAUUUUAUCGUAAUGAUUAUAUUGUUGAAUAUGCUGGAGAAUUAUUAACACAAAAUGAAGCCAAACAUAGAGAAAAUUUAUAUGGAAGAAAUCAUAAAAUUGGUUGUUAUAUGUAUUACUUUAAAUGGGGAGAAAAAAUUUUUUGUGUUGAUGCAACUGAAGAAACUAAUCGGCUUGGUCGUCUUAUAAAUCAUAGUCGAAAAAAUAGCAAUUGUCAACCAAAAGUUUUUAUUAUACGAGAUCAACCGCGUCUUGUAUUGGUUGCUUUACGUGAAAUUGAGAUAGGUGAAGAACUUUAUUAUGAUUAUGGUGAACGUCGUAAAGAGAUUGUUGAAGCAUUUCCUUGGCUUAAUGAAUAG